AACGUGGAUGUAAACGACGAAGCAGGCCAUGGACAGACGCUCCUACACACGUUCGCCCAACCUGGGAACACCUCCAUGGUUGCGGCGCUACUCGCUGCGGGAAGCGUGGAUCAAGCAGAAGACAGAGACGGUGACUUCGCUCUCCACUGUGCGGCUGAAGGGGGGCACGUCGAGGUCGCGCGCCUAUUGGUCAACGCGGGCGGAGAUUUAAACGUUUGUAACGGGCACGACAGCACGCCGCUCCACCGCGCGGCUUAUGAAGGGCACGUGGAAGUGGCGCGUUUACUCAUAUCUGCUGGCGCAAAUACCAGUAGCCAGGAUGAUUAUGGUGAUACGCCCCUCCAUGAUGCGGCUCGCCAUAAGCACGGGGCGGGAAUUGCACGUCUUUUGCUCGAUGCAGGCUGCCAGGUCGACGUGGAAAGCGGAGACGAAGAGCAGCCGCUGCAUAUCGCAGCGCGGGUGAAUGCCGAUGAAACGAUCAGAUGCCUCCUUGCCUUUGGCGCCGACGCGAAUGCCGCCAGUGGCUCUUACGGGACGCCGCUCCGCUUGGCUUUGGAGUACCAUGGCGAACGUCGCACCGUUGCGGUGCUGCUCGAA